AUGAGUAGAGAGAAGGAGAAAGAGCUCACCAGAAAGCUACAGCCUCCGUCAACUCCACAGGCAGCGUCAACAGCAAGUUUGGCGUCAGCUGGGGGUUUGACGCUCAACCUCAAUCUUUCUGGUGGCGCUCAACAGCAAGAUAUACUGCCUCGCGAGUCUACUAAUGAUGAGGGUCGAUAUAGAGGUUCAGCGACGCCGUCAAGGGCUAUAACGCCUUUACAGCCUCUUGUGACGCCAAGCAGCCCGAUUCCACAGGCUAGAGAUGAAGAUGCUCGCCUUACUGCGUUUAUUUGCUCGCGAAUCAAGGAUAGACCGGCUCAACGAGCUGAAUUCGAACGAGCAUUCAAGAAGUUAGCUGAACAUGGCGUAGGGCUCUCGGAUAUGGCCUCUCUAACAAGAGAAGAUUGGAAGGAGAUAGGUAUUGGCCACGGUAUUCGCGUGGAUUUGCUACGGCACGAUAAGAUAUGGCAUCAACGUCAUCCGGAGAGCGUUAAGGAGGCUGACAGCGCUCUUUAUGAUGAAUUUGAGCAUUCGCAGUCCUUUGAGAUCAAUAACAGCGACUGA